GCGGUGGCGGUGGCGGCGGCCUCUGGCAGGCCGGAACGCGGAGCGCAGCGCCCGCGGGGCCGCCCGGACCCGGAGCCGGGGGCACCGGCGCGGCUGCGACAGCGGGCCCGGGGCGCCGGCGGGGGUUAAUAGGAGAAGGAGAAAAUGAGCCAACAUGUCUGAAAGCAGCAAAGGGGCCUCCCUGGCCUUCGGGCAGGUGGUGAUUGGGCCGCCGGGCUCGGGGAAGACGACCUACUGCCACGGCAUGCAGGAGUUCCUGGCCAGGAUCGGGCGCCGGGUGGUCGUGGUGAACCUGGACCCCGCCAACGAGGCGACGCCCUACCAAUGCGCCGUGGAUAUUUCCGAGCUCAUCACCCUGCCCGACGUGAUGGAGAGUUUGAAGCUGGGGCCCAACGGCGGGUUGAUCUACUGCAUGGAGUACCUGGAGGCCAACUUCGACUGGCUUCAGGAGAAGCUGGCCGCCUUCAGGGGUCACUACUACCUGUUUGACUGUCCGGGGCAGGUGGAGCUCUACACCCACCACAGUGCCCUGAAGAACGUCUUCGCACAGUUGGCCAAGUGGAACUUCAGGCUGGCUGCAGUUCACUUGGUGGAUUCUCACUACUGCACAGAUCCUGGCAAGUUCAUCUCUGUCCUCUGCACCUCGCUCUCCACCAUGCUGCACGUGGAACUGCCCCACGUUAAUGUCCUCUCCAAGAUGGACCUGAUUGAACAGUAUGGCAAGCUGGCCUUCAACCUGGAUUAUUACACCGAAGUCCUGGACCUCUCCUACUUGGUUGACCAUUUAGCUUCUGACCCCUUCUUUAAAAAUUACCGCCGCCUCAAUGAGAAGCUGGUAGAGGUGAUUGAAGACUACAGCCUGGUGUCCUUCGUUCCGCUCAACGUCCAGGAUAAGGAGAGCAUGCGGCAGGUGAUGCAGGCAGUGGACAAAGCCAACGGCUAUUCCUUCGGAGACCAGGAGCACAGGAGCCUUGAAGCUCUGAUGUCAGCAGCAGUGGGAGCUGAUUUCCACUUUACUUCCACACUUGCAGUGCAGGAGAAGUAUGUGCAGUCUCAGGACAAGGCCGUGGAAGAAGAAGUGAUGGAUAUGUAGCGCACCUGCCUCUCCCACAGCUGCUCGCUGGUUUAACAUCUCUCCUUUUCCUACCAGGAGUUGAAGGGAUUCUCUGUGUCGUGUGACUCAGGCCAAGUGAAAGCCUUUCCCGGCAGCAGCUGGACUCCCUUUCAGUAAGGGUUCGACCUCUAGUGCUUCCGCCCCAAAGCACAGAGCGACACAGACACACCAUGGCUGAGCGCGAGGCAAGUCAGGUCUUUCCUUAGGAACAAGAGAGAUUUAGCCAAGUUCAGGCAUGGUUAGCAAGAGAAGAGAAGCAAGAUAGAGGAGACAGACUUUUGCCAAGUCUCCUCCUCCCCAUCGUGACCAAGGUAGAUCCAGAGAGAGGAAAAUCAGUUUGAGCUGUCUCUUCUAUGGUGAGACUUGUAACAGAACUUCUUGGUUUACUGCACAGGAGGAGCCAGCAUGGUCCUCAUACUGAGAGGAGCAUCCAGGCUAAGAAGCCUCCAGUCUCUCUCAAGGAGGACAGAAGGAUGGUUGUUUUUCUUUUUUUUAAUAAUGAUGGACUCUUUCUUAAUAAAACACUUCUCCAUCUUGCUUUCA